AGUCGUUUCUUAUUGGCUCUUUUCGUACGUCACCUUGACCAAAAGUCAAAGUCUGUCAUAUCCUUUAUAUCAUUAGAGUAGUGUUUUUGUUUAUUAGACGUUAUGGAAAAUAAGUUGAAAUGCAAAAUAGGGCCUUCAAUUUUAAACGCCGAUUUAUCCCAAUUAUAUAUAGAAUCGCAAAAAUUAUUAGAUAGCGGUGCAGAUUAUUUACAUUUAGACGUUAUGGACGGUAACUUCGUUCCUAACCUAACAUUCGGUCAUCCCGUAGUGAAAUGUCUUAGGAAAAAAAUACCCAACGCCUGUUUCGAGACGCACAUGAUGGUGGCUAAUCCAGAAAAGUGGAUUCAACCAAUGGCUAACGCAGAUGUUAACUUAUAUACAUUCCAUAUAGAACCAGUUAUAAACGACGUGAUAAAAGUGUGUAGAAAAGUGAGAGAAGCGGGUAUGAAAGUUGGUUUGGCCUUAAAACCAGCAACUGGUAUAGAAGAGGUGAGACAAUAUAUCGAUCACGCUGACGCUAUAUUAGUAAUGACCGUGGAACCGGGCUUCGGCGGACAGAAAUUCAUGAACGACAUGAUGCCUAAAGUACAGUGGUUAAGACACAAUUACCCCUUGUUAGACAUAGGAGUAGACGGUGGUGUUGGUUUGAAUACGAUUACGGCUUGUGCAGAAGCCGGUGCUAAUAUGAUAGUCUCAGGUACUGCGAUUAUUGAAUCGAUAGAUCAGGCGGCGGUUAUAGCGAGUUUAAGGGAAACCGUCGAAAGUUCCAUUCAUAAAUGUAACGUUUAAAAAGUCUGUUGGAAUAAAAUAAAAAAAGAAAAACAAAAAAAACAUGUGAUUCAAGUUAAGUUUUAUAUUGUUGAAAAGUUGAUAAAAUUGUCUAAACGAAAAUAUACAAUAUACGUUAUACUGUGUCUAAAUAGUUAUUUUAUUAAAAAAAAUCUUUUUUAAUGAAUUUCAAUAUAAAAUUAGUCGAAUUCCAUUUGUAAAUGUUAUUUUAAAAAAAAAAUUAUAUUUCAAUAAAACAUUUCGUAUUUGAGUGAAAAACGAAUUUUUUGGUUUGUUUUUAUAAACAUUUCGAAUUCACCUCGUAAGUAAAUCGCCUUAUUUUAUUUAAAAAAAUUAUAUUUAACUAAAAAAACGAAAUUUUUUGCUUAUUUGUAUAAUCAUUUCAAAUUACCCUCGUAAAUCGCGUUAUUUUAUAAAAAUUAUUUUAUUUUUAUAAACUUGUUGCUUGUUGGUAUAAACAUUUCGAAUUCUCCUUGUAGAUUACGUUAUUUUAUGGAUAAAUGUCGUAUUUCAAUAAAAAAUGAACUUUUUGCUUGUUUUUAUAAACAUUUCGAAUUCCCCUUGUAAAUCGCGUAAUUGCCUAUACAUUCAAUAAUGCAAUUACCGGUAUCUACUGAUUUGUUCACCGAUUCUGAUCACUUUAGUUCACGUCAAAUAAUAUAGAUGGUCGGGGAGAUAGAUAAAGAUCAAUUUAGACGGAAAAGAAGAAUAACCUAUUUAAAAUAGUUAAUAUUCAUAAAGCUAAGAUAGAAGAUCGAAGUUUCAAGUGAUUAAGAGGCUCUUUCUCUUCCUACCAAUAGUACAAUUUCAUUUACUCUUUUUAUCUUCAAUAUUAACUUCAUAGUAUCAGAUGUAUAUGAAAAAUUCAUCAAAACAGGCUGAACAGCUCUAAUAGCUGAGACCUUUUUAACCUCUAAAAGAAGAUCGUUAGUUUAGACAAGUUUAUCGAAUUUGAAUUCUUGUUGAUAUUAGGUUUCCAUUUUUAAUUGUUAAAUCAUAAAGUUUUUGACAUAUUCAAGAUUUAGGUGAUGGUAAAUUUACUUUUUUUUCCAAAAAAACAAAAUAAAAUAAAGGUUUUAAUAUACA